AGAAUGGUCCGCCUCCAACAUUAUAGUCCAUUGUGACAACGAAGCAAUGGUACAUUGCAUCAACAAAGGCCGCUCCCAUUCACCCGCCUUAAUGCCUUUUCUCAGACGCCUCAUAUGGAUCUCAGCUUACAAGCAGUUCAUUCUGACAGGCAAACACGUCCCCGGGUCCAAAAACCAGAUAGCUCAUGCCCUUUCCCGUUUUUCAUUUCAGAAAUUCAGGCUGCUGGCACCGGACGCGGAUCCCCUACCAACGCCUGUCCCUCCAUAUUCGGAAUUAAUCUUCAAGUGAACCACCCUCUAAAAGACAUGCUAGACGCUUCCCUCAACUCCAUCAUUCAAGCCGUUUCCCCCAGGACCCUACUUUCUUACCUUACAGCAUGGAGGAAUUUCAAAACAUUUCACCGCUCAUACAACCUCCCCUUCCCGGAUUUUUCUCUCCUCUCCAUCACUUCAUUCAUCUCCUUUCUCAACACCAUAAAAAAUCUCCAAGCCAGUUCAAUUAAAGGAUACCUGAGUGGAAUUCAGUUUUUUCACAAGUUAAUCUUCAACACACUCUCCCCAACCAUAGCCAGCCCCCAAGCAUCCAUGCUCAUCAAAGGCAUCCAGAGAGCCCAACCCACCCACCCGGACGACAGACAACCAAUCACCAUAGAAAUUCUAACAAAAUGCAUUUCCACCCUUCGCAGAGGCUAUCACACCAAGCACACCGCACGCACACUCGACGCCAUGUUCAUUUUGGCCUUCUUCGGAUUCCUCAGAUGCUCAGAAAUCACCACCACGUCCAAAUUCGAUCCCUCAGUUCACCCCACCAUUUCGGAUCUAUCAGUGCUCGAUUCGGAAACCAUCUCAUUUUUUAUCAAGCGAAGCAAGACCGACCAGGCCGGGAGAGGCCAUUUCAUCUAUAUCUUCAAUCUCAAUUCCCCAAUCCAGACUUAUCAAACCCUCCUAGCCUACCUCCGCUUCAAACGAUCACAAGUUAAAUCUCCAUCCGAACCCCUCUUCGCAGAUGACUUAAAUCACCCCGCCACACAUUUCUGGUUCCAAAAACAUCUUAAAUCCGUUUUGCUCCAUACCGGCAUCCCAGCAGAUCACUUCUCCUGCCAUUCUUUCCGCAUCAGCGCAGCAACCACGGCUGGAACCCAAAAGGGCCUCUCACAGCCCCAGAUACAAGCGCUCGGCCGAUGGUCAUCCAAAGCUUACAAAAGCUACAUCCGAACAGACCUCACCCUCAUCAGAGAAGCCUCAUAACUCGAAUCGUCUAGCAUCAACCAUCUUCCAAACUUCUCCAUCAAACCACCAGCAGUAGUGACGCACCGUUCAACACACAGGAGC